CUUCCCCACAGCUCCGGGGGGCAGCUCCCUUUCCUCUUCUCCUCGAAAAGCGGCUCGCAGCCAGCCAGCAGAGCCGCUUCCCCUUGGGCGGCAUUCCGCCCGGGCGGGAAAGGCGCGGAAUGUUGUAAGAAGCAGCGCCUGAGCGCCAAAAAGGCGCGGAAGAAUCUCUCUCUCUCUUCCCCCUUCCUCGCUCUUUACCGCUCGUCGAGCUGGACCGGCUCCCGUUUGUGUGUGUGUGUAUGUGUGUGCGUUUCAAAUCAAGCCGUGCAUGUGUGCCGGCGGAGGGAUACUUCCCAUUCCUUCCUUCGUGUGUGUGUGUGUGUAACGGCUCCUCCUCUGCUGCUACCGCCGCCGCCUCCUUGAUAUAGCGAGGCGCAAAGAGGCGCUUGCAGUCACUCGGCGAACGGCGCUCGCGAGGAGGCUUCGGGGCUGGAGUUUGCUCUCGCGGCGCGCGUCUAUGUGCGAGCGGGCGCGCGGCGGGCGCGCGCCUUUGACUGAAGGGGUGAGGAGACUUGAGCGCGAGGAGAGCGACGCAGUAGCAGCAGAGGCGGCGGCAAAGUAGGAGCGAGACUGCUGGCUUCGCCUCCGCUCGGCGCCUCUUAACUUGGGAACUGUCCACCAACGGGAGCUCCUGAAAAUGAACCGCCUGACUCUUUACCUGCUCGGAUUGUUCCUCAGUAGCGGGCAAGCACUUUUACAAGUGUCAAUUUCCCUCAGCAAGGUAGAAGUCAGUGUGGGUGUAUCCAAAUUCUUCACAUGCACAGUAAUUGGUGAGGCUGAGAGUAUAGAUUGGUACAACCCACAAGGAGAGAAGAUUGUAUCUAAUCAAAGAGUGGUAGUACAGAAAGAAGGUGUCAGAUCACGGUUAACAAUCUACAAUGCCAAUGUGGAAGAUGCUGGAAUAUACAGGUGUCAAGCAACAGAUUCUAGAGGACAGACUCAAGAGGCUACUGUUGUUUUGGAAAUUUACCAAAAGCUCACAUUCCAAGAUAUCUCAUCCCCACAAGAAUUUGUACAGGGAGAAGAUGUACAAGUCAUUUGCCGUGUUACUAGUUCACCUGCACCUAUUGUCAGCUGGUUGUAUCAAAAUGAGGAAGUCUCAAAUAUUGCUGACAAUAGGUUUGCCAUGCUGCCAAACAAUAAUCUUCAAAUUCUUAAAAUCAAUAAAAGCGAUGAAGGUGUUUACAGAUGUGAAGGAAGAGUAGAAGCCAGAGGGGAAAUUGACUUUCGGGAUAUCAUUGUACUUGUAAAUGUUCCUCCAGCUAUCACAUUGCUACAGAAGUCCUUUAAUGCCACAGCAGAUCGAGGAGAGUCAAUUACAUUAUUCUGCAGAGCCAUGGGUUCUCCUGAACCUGAAAUCAAUUGGUAUAGGAGAGGAAAACGCAUUGAGGAAAAUGAAAAAUACGUACUAAGGGGAAGCAAUACAGAACUGACCAUUAGAGAUAUCAAAAAUAUUGACGCUGGACCUUACAUCUGUGAAGCAAGAAAUAAAGCAGGAAAGAUGACAAAUCAGACAUUUCUUCAAGUUUUUGUACAGCCUCAAAUAAUACAACUUAAAAAUGAAACUACCUUUGAAAAUGGCCAAGCUACCCUCAUAUGUGAGGCAGAAGGAGAACCUGUCCCUGAAAUUACUUGGAAAAGAGCAAUCGAUGGAAUCACAUUCUCUGAAGGUGACAAGAGCCCAGAUGGCCGGAUAGAAGUCAAAGGGCAACAUGGAAGAUCCUCACUGCACAUUAAAGAUGUGAAGUUGUCAGAUUCAGGAAGAUACGACUGUGAAGCAGCAAGUAGAAUUGGAGGGCACCAAAAGAGCAUGUAUCUUGAUAUUGAAUAUGCUCCAGUCUUUGUUUCAAAUCAGACAACAUAUUAUUCCUGGGAAGGAAAUCCCAUCAAUAUAAGUUGUGAUGUUCUAUCUAAUCCAUCAGCAUCUAUUCAAUGGAGACAAGGAAAACUACUUUUACCUGUAAGAAACUCAACUCAUCUAAAGACACACAGUGCUGGAAGCAAACUGAUACUAGAGUUUGCUCCUACAUCUGACAAUGAUUUUGGACGGUACAACUGCACAGCCACCAAUAGAAUAGGAACACGAUAUCAAGAAUAUAUAUUAGCUUUAGCUGAUGUACCAUCCAGUCCACAUGGAGUAAAAAUUAUAGAGAUCUCACAGACGGUUGCAAAAGUCUCUUUCAAUAAACCAGAUUCACAUGGGGGCGUCCCAAUCCAUCAUUAUCAAGUGGAUGUCAAAGAAGUCUCUUCGGAAACAUGGAAAGUCGUUCUUUCCCAUGGAGUUCAGACAACCGUUAUUCUCAGCAACCUGGAACCUAAUACAACAUAUGAAAUGAAGGUUGCUGCUGUAAACGGAAAAGGGCAAGGAGAAUAUAGCAAAAUUGAGAUAUUUCAAACAUUGCCAGUUCGUGAGCCAAGCCCUCCAGCUAUUCAUGGACAACCAGGCAGUGGGAAAAGCUUUAAACUUAGCAUAACAAAGCAAGAUGAUGGAGGAGCACCUAUUUUGGAAUAUAUUGUAAAAUACAGAAGUAAAGAUAAGGAAGACCAAUGGGAAGUGAAAAAGUUUCAAGGUAAUAAAGACCAAAUUAUUCUAGAACCGUUGCAGUGGACAAUGGUCUAUGAAGUGCAAAUUACUGCGACCAACAGACUGGGAUAUUCAGAACCAGCUGUAUAUGAAUUCAUCAUGCCACCAAAGCCCAAUAUAAUUACAGCAGAUACCUGCUGCGAAGCCCGUAAAGGUGGAAAUGGAUGCCAGUCACGGCAGCUGAAUGCUGCUGGCUUUGUUUUCCUUAUAGUCAUAAGUCUAUUGUGCACGUUUUCAUAUUGGUGGUGAACCAUGCAGAACAUUGUACGAGGUUUUUCUUUCUUUCUGUGAACUUCCUAUUUAAGGGGAAAUAACAGACCUGGAUACUAUUGGACUUUCUGGAGCUCCUUUAAAAUAUUUGUUAUAUUACAUCAACAUGAAAGUAACUGAAGAAACUAUGCAUGAAUGAAUGUUCCUUACGAGUGGCUUUUUUUCAUUGGGGAAACCCUAAGAAUGUUUUCAGAAGUGAUGCUUAAAUCAUCUUUUGUAUUUCAUGCAUAUGCAAUUUGAAUGUAGAAUCUUCAUGGUAUAGAAGUAGAAUCAGUUCAAAAUGAUAGAUUCUCAGCAUCACUUGUGGAAACAGUUUCAAUCUUAUGGCAAACACACAACAUGAUUAGCUACUUGUAGCAUGGUUUGGAGUAAAAUGUUGCCAUUCUGUCUCAAUUAUGUUUCUUUGCAAAACAACAACAGCAACAACCACAAGCAUAGUUAUUCAUUGGCCCAUGGGUUGACCUGUAGUUCAAUUUUAUCACAUGACUUGAAUAGUCUAUUAGAAUACUUUGGUUUCAUAUAUGCCACUAUGCAUAUUGCUGUGCCUUUAUUAAGAUGUAUUUAUAUGCUCUUUGUUAUUUCUUAUGGCAUUGUUUGUUUUUGGUUUUUAAAGCAAAGUGUUGAAGUUCAGCCCUUUCUAAAGGACUAUUAAAUAUAGUUGGGACCUCUUAAAUACCCAUAAAGAGUUUUACUGUCCCUACCUGUGUUUUUCCAUUCACUGUGCUGUCAGGGAGAGCCUGUUUAUACAUCCCUGUACAAUGUUAUUUCUGACAUUAAAGUCCAUGGGGAAACCUGCAGAAGCAUAUUGGAAUGCAUGCAGAACUUCAGGCCAGAGCGUUUUUGCCUAAUAUAUAUUUUAACAUAGUUUAGAUUUAUAUGUAUAUAUAUAUAUUCAAAAACAAACAAGCAGCCAUUUCGUACCUCUAUAGGCUUUGUAAGUUCCCCAGGCAAUCCUUUUCUAUUUUUCCUUCCUAUCACAAUUCUUCAGACAACUAAAACCUCUCUCAGAAUACCGUCCCAAGACUGAGAGUAAAAUAUACUAUUUAUUGUAGGUAAAAUGCAGCCAUUCCUGCCUUAACUAAUACUUCUUUACAAAAAAAUAAUAACCAUUCCCAUAUGAGACAGUUAAUAAUUUUACAUUAAAUGUUGUUACUUUUCAAUACAUCCACCAGAUUAGAUAUUGGUGAUAAUUCCAUUAACACAGUAAUAGGCAAUAUUUUAUAUCACUGGCCUUAUUAGUAUGUAAAUUAUUGGAAUGACAGGGAUUAAUUUAUAGGGAAAGGCCUUUCUUUUUAUGUAUUAAGGGUAAAACACAUUCUUUCAUAUAAAUACAUAUAAAUGUUCAGCUAAUAUAAAGGAAUAACCCACUAAAACAUAUAUCUAGAAAUACAUAUUGAAGUAAAGAUCCCAGAUAAAUAAUUAUAAUACCUGAUGAUUUUAAACUACCAUAUAACAAUCCUCUAAUAAAAUUCAUCAUUGGAUUCUGUUUCAUACUAUUCAGUAUCUCUAUGUGAAAUUUAAAAUCUAACUUUAAAUAAUAACCCCAAGGCCACAGGUCUUAUUGUAUAGUUUCUGUAGUUAUGUCACUCGACAGCAUCAGAACUGAGAUAUCAAUAUGCCUCAUUUCACCUGUGUCACAUCUGUUCCUAUUGCUGGAGGAAAAUUUCUAUUACCCUUGGAAAAGCAGCACUUUCCCCAUGUGGAUUCAGCACUCUGGAAAUUACUUCCCAUUUUAUUAUGUAGCAAUUAUGGUAUGCUAUGCUAUUCUCUCAUUUACCUAAAAAAGGUAUAAAGCAAGAUUUGCACCUCCUCUCCACCAAAGGAAUUUCUUUCUCUAAAACAGUGUGAAAAACACAUUUUUAGACUCUGUGUAAUAUUUCUCAAAUAUGGAAAUCAACAGGGAACAGAAUUGCAUUAGUCAGCUUUCAUAUCUUCACUUCUUAAAGGUAUCAGUAAAUUCAUGCUUGCUUAGAGCUUUCCACCUCUGAAAUGUUACUUUAUGAAAUUUGGAUUACAUCUGGAAGCAGCUAGUGGACUGUUCUGAGGAUAUGAGUCUCCCCUUCCAUUUUACCCUUACUGUAUAUCAGUUAUUAUUUCCAAACUUCUAAUACAUUAAGGACUCAAAUUGUUCCAUUUCUUGCCAUGAUGCUUUCUGAUAAAUCCUUCAACUGACAAGCAUAAAAAUAAUCAGCAAUAUGACCGUCUAUCCCCCUUAAGGCAACAAUGUAGGAUGUAGCUCUUGUUUAGCCUCAUUAAAGUAUUUAUUUUAGUUUGCCAUUUCAUUAAUGUAUUGGGAUAAUUAAAUAAUUGACAUUGCUUGAAACAGAUAAUUUUUGGAAGUGCUGCCCAAGAUAAACCACACCCCAUCCAUAUUUAUAACUCCCCCCCACACACAAUUUUUAUUGGUUUUUAAACAGAUACACGAAACAUUAAACACUUAUCCAGUUGUACAUCUAAUGGUGUUUGUUCUAUUCAUUGACUCUAGACAUAAACUUACACAUUCAACAUUCAUACUUAAUGCAACCUCUUCAGAACAUUGGAGGUGGAAAGCUUGGUUCAUUUAAUCAUCUUUGGUAGGAAUAGAGUAUUCUCCAUUAUAUCCACAAUUAUAACUUCUUCACACACACACACACACACCCCACACACAAAGUAGUUUAUUACACAUAAAUAUAACAUGAGAAGAGCCUGCUGGAUCAGGCCAAUGGUCCAUCAAGUCCAGCAUCCUGUCUCACAGUGGCAAACCAUUUGCCUCUGGGAAACCAGCA